UCGUCGGGCAGCUAAUGAAAGAUCCGAGCCGGAGCAGCGCUUCCUGUUCGGCUGCUCUCUGGAUGCUGGUCGCUGGAUGGUCCGCGGAAGUGUCUCCUCAGAUUCAGCGGCAGACCCGGAUGUUAGCAGCGGUCACUUCGCUAUUUGCAGCGGACACAUUUUCCGUAUUUGGCCGAGCUAGCUGAUCAGCUAGCCUAGCUGCUGUUAGCCUGUUAGCUCGCCUGUGAUGGCCCAGCCGGGGAGCGACAGGAUAAAGGAAGCCUAAACUCUGCAUGGCGACGGACUCGCAGUAGUGGGAGUGAGCCGCCUAUCAGCCAGGCCCCGCCCCCCCCGGUAGCAGCAUGGCGUCCCUUCAGAAGAACUCGGUCCGGAUCUUGUCCAACCGGGAGCGCGGCGCCCAGACCUUCGGCUCGCAGCGGCUCCUGCAGCUGCUGGUGGAGGAGAAAGUCCGCUGGAUGAAAUGGCAGAGUCAGAAGGUGGAGCUGCCGGACAGCCCUCGCUCUACGUUCCUGCUGGCCUUCAGCCCCGACAGGACCCUCAUGGCCUCCACACAUGUCAACCACAACAUUUACAUAACUGAGGUGAAGACUGGAAAGUGCCUACAUUCCUUAGUGGGCCAUCGUAGAACCCCCUGGUGUGUGACCUUUCACCCCACAAUACCUGGCCUGGUGGCCUCCGGGUGCCUUGAUGGCGAAGUCCGCAUCUGGGACCUGCAUGGCGGCAGUGAGAGUUGGUUCACAGAGAGUAAUGUUGCCAUCGCCUCUCUGGCCUUCCACCCGACCGCUCAGCUCCUCCUGAUCGCCACCAACAACGAGCUCCACUUCUGGGACUGGAGCCGGCCAGAGCCCUUCGCCGUGGUCAAGACGGGCAGCGAGACCGAGCGAGUCCGGCUGGUGAGGUUUGACCCCCUGGGUCACAACCUGCUGACAGCGACUGUGAAUCCGUCCAAUCAGCAGAAUGAGGAGGACUCGGAGGUUCCCAUGGACAGUGUUGAGAUGCCUCACUUCCGUCAGCGCUCCUUCCUGCCGACCCAACCGGUUCGCCGCACGCCGAUUCUCCACAACUUCCUCCACAUCCUGUCGUCUCGCUCCCCGGGGGCUCAGGUGGGAGGCGAGCAGCCGCGCCCUCUCAGUGACAACGGGAGCAGUGCUGGAGAGUCUCCCACCUUGCCUCUGCCCCAGUUCCCCAGCCCCGAGCGCGGCCCACCUUUCCCUGGCUGCACGCAGCACCUGGGCAUGGUGUGUCUGUGCAGUCGCUGCUCGGUCAAUCGGAACCCUUCCCUACCUGCCAACGGGUCCGCCAUGACACCCUCUGAUCCCCGGCUAUCGUCCGACGCCCCCCAGCCUCCCCCUGCUUCCACUUUCUCUUCGGCUCGCACGGAGCCCAGGCAGCCCACCGAACGACCCUCGGCCUUUACCUCAGUCUACUACAGCGCCGGCACGUCUCUGAAUCCCACUGCACCGAGCAGCGUGGAGCCGCACUCCAGCUCCAGACCCGGACCCGACUGGACACGCAACCUCCUCAGCAUGAGGGAGGGAGCGGUUGGUCCAGGUAUGCUGCCUCCAAGAACCUCUUCGUCCUCCAUCAGCCUUCUGUCAGUGCUCCGUCAGCAGGACGGUUCCUCUCACUCCCCUGUAUACACGUCUGCCACUGAGGGGCGGGGCUUCCCCCAGCAGGGAGAGCCAGGGGCCCGAGAUGCUGCAGGUACAAGCAGCGGUCACCACCCUUUCUGGGACGGCUCUCGCAGCAACACAGCCUCUUUCCGUAACGUGCUGCAGUGCAACUUGAGCCGCUACUUCAUGGAGUUUGACCGUAUGCAGGACCUGGAGUCUCCACUAGGGGGCAGCAUGACAGAUGGAAGCCAGGAGCAGAGCCAAGAGCUGCUGAAUAAUAACAUGGACCCGGACAGAGCAGGGCCUUCCUCAUCUUCAUCCUCCUCCACCCCUACCAUCAUCCACUACCAGCCUCCUCUUCCCCCACCCCCUGCCUCCCACAGCCUGGACAACGUUACUCCCGCGGCCUCCCGCGGCCACCUGAACCGCUGCCGGGCCUGCCACAACCUACUGACCUUCAACCAUGACUCUCAGCGCUGGGAGCGCACCAACCAGGCCUCCUCCACCUCUGCCUCGUCUCUGGAGCCCUCCUCUUCCACCUCCUCCUUCCCUGCCUCUUCAGCCCCAUGGCAUCCUGAGGAGAGCAGGAGGACACUAGAAGCCCAAACCCAAGAGAGGAGGGCGCCUCCGGAGCCCAACGAGCAUCCGCCUCCCCCUGGAGGUGGGGGUGCAGGGACAGUGGCCUUCCCGAUAGCCCCAUCUUCCAGCCAGACCGGAGAGCAGACGGUGGGACUAGUGUACAACCAGGACACAGCUCAGUGGGAGAGGGUUUACCGGCAGGCUGCUGCUGGCCGAUCGGCAGAGCCACCGGAGGCCUUAAGCCAAGAAAUGCCUGUUGACCCCCCAGAUGAGGACUCCCUGAGGAGGCGACUUUUGGAAUCAUCUCUGUUAUCGUUGUCUCGCUAUGACAUGUCAGGAUCAAGAGACCACCCUAUUUACCCCGAUCCAGCCAGACUUUCUCCAGCUGCUUACUACGCCCAGAGGAUGAUCCAGUAUCUCUCCAGACGAGACAGUAUUCGCCAGCGCUCGCUUCGUUACCAGCAGAACCGCCUGCGGGCCAUGUCGUCCUCUUCAGAAAGCCCUGCCAGCAACCCUUCCAGCUCCAUGGACAACAGUGACAUGGACUUUGAGGAGCUGGAUGAUAACGGAGACCGGGCGAGACACAGGACGCCACGUAACGCCCGGAUGUCUGCACCUUCGCUUGGUCGCUUCGUUCCUAGGCGUUUCCUCCUCCCGGAGUACCUGCCCUACGCUGGGAUCUUCCACGAGAGAGGGCAGCCGGGUCUGGCCACGCACUCCUCCGUCAACAGAGUGCUCGCAGGAGCAUCGAUUGGUGACGGACAGUCUGCGGUCGCCAGCAACAUCGCAAACACCACCUACCGCCUGCAGUGGUGGGACUUCACCAAGUUCGACCUGCCGGAGAUCAGCAACGCCUCCGUGAACGUUCUGGUGCCAAACUGUAAGAUCUACAACGAUGCGAGUUGUGACAUCUCGGCGGACGGCCAGCUGCUGGCGGUCUUCAUCCCCAGCAGCCAGCGGGGGUUCCCGGACGAGGGCAUCCUGGCCAUCUACUCGCUGGCUCCUCACAACCUGGGGGAGAUGCUCUACACCAAGAGGUUUGGUCCUAAUGCCAUCUCUGUCAGUCUGUCUCCGAUGGGCUGCUAUGUGAUGGUGGGUCUGGCCUCUCGCAGGAUCCUGCUGCAUCCUACCACCGACCACAUGGUGGCGCAAGUCUUCCGCCUGCAACAGCCACACGGAGGAGAGACUUCAAUCAGGAUGGUCUUCAACGUGGUUUAUCCCAUGGCUCCAGACCAGCGGCGCCACGUGAGCAUCAACUCGGCCCGCUGGCUGCCGGACCCUGGGAUGGGUCUGGCUUAUGGAACCAACAAGGGAGACCUGGUGAUCUGUCGCCCACUGUUCUACCGCAGCGAUGCUGAGGGCCCUGGAGAGUCCAGCAGUGAACCUUUGUUCUCUGUCAACAACAGUGGAACCAGCAGAACCCGAGGUUCUGACCGACCAGGGCCGAAUCGCUCUGGCUGGAGGUUGGACAGAGACAUGGGGUUGAUGAACGCCAUUGGUCUUCAGCCGCGACAUCCCACGCCGUCAGUGACAUCACAAGGAACCCAGACGCCCAUCGUCCAGCUGCAGAACGCCGAGACCCAAACGGAGAGGGACCUAUCAGAGCCCAGCGUGUCCCGGCCGCCAGCGAGUGUCUCAGCAGAGACGCCCUCCACGAGUCGGGCGUCCCAGCCGGAGGCGUCUCCGAGCGCCGGCGCUGCAGACGGCGUUCAGACCGAAGCGUCCUCCGAGGCCAACACGUCCACAGCUGCUGAUUCCUCAGAGUUCGGUUCCGGUGAAGACGCUCUGGCUCGGAUCCGCCGGCUGAUCGCCGAGGGCGGGAUGACGGCCGUGGUGCAGCGGGAGCAGAGCACCACCAUGGCGUCCAUGGGCGGCUUCGGGAACAACAUCAUCGUCAGCCAUCGCAUCCACCGCGGCUCCCAGACCGGCGCCGGCGCCUCCAGACCCCCGGCCGAGCCCCCGGCCCCCCCCUCCCCCUCAGGCCCCGCCCUCCUCACACAGAACCCGUCUCACCUUCCUCCCCAAGACUCCGCCCCAUCUGAACAACUGGCUCCCCCCUGGGGCUCCCAGGGGCUGUCGGGCCCCGCCCAGGGGCUGUCGGGGGGGCUGUCGGGCCCCCCCCAGCCCCCCGGCCUCUCUCUGGCUGGAGACAUGGACGAGGUGUUUGACGGAGGGCGAGUGGACGACUCGCUGCCGGGUCCCUCCUCCUCCUCCUCCUCCUCCUCCUCCUCCUCCUCCUCUCACAGCCCCAUGCCCACCGGCGGGGGGGGGUGUGGCCCCAGCAGUUACCCCGGUGACCCGUACAGCAGGUAGUUCUCCUAUUGGCCAAGAGGGCGCUCCUCAAAGCCUUAUCUCACAGAGACACGGUGCUGCUGCUUGGACUCUGCACGGGGUCACCCCCCCCCCACGACCCUCACCCGGAACCCGCCACGGCGUCGGCGUGCACUUAGAGAACUGGACUGAGGCUCCUCCUCUGUGCUCGUGUGUUUAAGG